AUGCCUGGGGAUAAUAUGGAUGAUGAUUCACUCACCCAAACCCAAACAAGAUCAAGCCAAAGGAAGAAAGACCAGUAUCUCCGUCCAUCUAAUAGAUCCAUACCUGAUAUACUUGCUAACCCACAGACCCCAUCAAAUGUAAUAGACGCAGCCACAGCUAGAAUUGAAUUAACUAGCCGGGGAAUGUUGAUACCCGUAUCCGGAGCGUCAAUAGAAACCCUAGUCGAAUCCCUUCUUGAAUUCACGCUUCAAGCCCCGGGACUCACCAGACUGCACACUGAUAUUAUACGGGCGAUUGCAAUCAUGCUAGACCAAGCGGAUUAUGUCCUGAAAGCUCAACGCAUCGCAAACGAGACCACACUUCAAAUGUCAGGUCUAUUUAACAGGUUGGAAAAACUAAUAGACAGACAGGAAGCCACCAACUCCCCGACUAACCCAACAUCUGGCAACAUGGUUAACCCUCAAGACUCAUCAAUAGUGGAUCAAGUCGCGGCAGUCAUAGCCCCCCAAAUGGAAAAGGUAAUAACUUUCACAAAGACGCUAACAGACACCUUAGGUCAAGCCGAAGAGACUCAAUGCUCACUAAUCAGAGAACGUGAAGAGAAAGAACAAGACCUCAAAACAUCGGCAGAAAGAAUUGAGGAAGCUGCGGAUGCCUUCUACCACUCGGCCGAGGACUGCCAGAAUGCCAUGAAAUUACUAACCCCAUCACUCGACUCAGCUCAAAACAAGAUCAACUCACUAUCUACUUAA